AUGCCUCCGUCAAUAUGUGAAGUCUGCAAGGACGCCAGAGCCGCCGUGAUUCGGCCGAAAAACUCUCAAAAGAUUUGCAAGCAAUGCUUUCUGUCCGUAUUUGAACAAGAAAUUCACGAAACCAUUGUGACCAGUAAAUUAUUUCACCGAGGAGAGCGCAUUGCCGUUGGAGCAUCCGGUGGCAAGGACUCAACUGUACUGGCAUCUGUGCUGAAGACCCUUAACGAGCGCUUCGACUAUGGACUCGACUUAGUUCUUCUCUCUAUCGACGAGGGAAUCAAAGGUUACCGAGAUGACAGUCUGGAGACGGUCAAACGAAACGCAGUCCAGUAUGAGAUGCCACUCGAAAUCGUGGGUUACGAUCAGCUUUACGGAUGGACUAUGGACCAGGUGGUUUCCCAAGUGGGAAAGAAGGGCAAUUGCACUUACUGUGGAGUGUUUCGUCGGCAAGCCUUGGAUCGAGGAGCGGCCAAAUUGGGGAUCAAGCAUGUCGUCACCGGACACAAUGCAGACGAUGUCGCCGAGACAGUGAUGAUGAACCUCCUCCGAGGAGAUCUACCUCGACUUGCACGAGCCACCUCGAUUGUCACCUCCAGCGCGGCGAGCGAGAUCAAGCGCAGUAAGCCGUUGAAGUAUGCCUACGAGAAGGAGAUUGUUCUGUAUGCCCACCACAAGAAGCUCGAUUACUUCAGCACCGAGUGUAUCUACAGCCCUGAAGCAUUCCGAGGUAGUGCGAGAACAUUGAUCAAGGAUUUGGAAAAGAUCCGACCUAGCAGCAUUCUGGACAUUGUCAGGAGUGGCGAAGACAUGGCGGCCUUGGUGCCACCUGAAGUAGGUGGAGCUACUCCUUGUGCGGGAGACGGGGACGACGCGACUACUGGUUGUGGGGCUCAGAAUUCCAAUGCCGACUCGAUGGCACAAAUGGAGAGGAAUCUAGUCGCCAAUGAAGCAGCUGCCGACAGAGAGAUCGAAAUCACCCUUCCCAGCGACAACAUGACCUCCAAUGGCAAAGUCAACUCACCCGCCGUGGUUUCCCGGGAGAAAAAGCCCAGGCCUCGCAAGAAAAUUGUGAAGCAAGUCAUGGGCCAAUGUGAGAGAUGUGGGUAUUUGUCGAGCCAAAAGGUCUGCAAGGCUUGCACGCUACUCGAGGGCUUGAACAAGAGUCGGCCAAAGACAUCGAUUGAGGUAGGCAUGGAAGACGAAGAGGGAUCAACUACGAUGAUGAGGCAGGUUGCCGCUAUGGAGAUUACAGCUGGUUGAAGCCACCGGCUCUACGAAAGCUUUCGCCGCUCAGCUAGAAGAUUGUCAAGGAAGACGGUCAGUCUCAUCCACGUCUUCUCAGCCACAAGCAUGAGAAUUUGCAGACUCAGCAAGACCAGUCUCAAGGCAUAGUUACCAAUGGUCAGUGUCGGUCUCCUUCCUCGUGAAAAGGUCGAGUCAACAAAUUCAAACGGAAGCCGAGCUCCGAGAUGAUGGACAGCCGCCGACAGGCCGCUGCUGAAGCCAUCUUCAUGAAACCCGUACUUGGUCCAGGCCCCACAAUAACUGAUACCACGGGUGUUUUGAAUUUGGGGCAGACGCUGUUGUGAUUGGAUGGCAUCGGCAUUGUACAGUGGAUGGGAGUAUUCCCAGAUUCCCUGUGCAAGACGUGGAUCCGGCAUGUUCAGGGGGUUCAAGGUCACCAGUACCGGACCGUAUUCCUUCUCAGGGAUGUGUUGUAGUAGAUUCAUCCAGUAGGUCAGGCAGACUUUGGAAAUGUUCCGACUUUGUUGUGGGGGAAAGGGAGACUCGGUGAUAUAAUUCCACGCCGACCAGGCUAUUCGACGUCGUGGCAUUAAUGCGAGGUCAGAGUGCAGGACUGCAAUAUUUCGACUUGUUUGAAAGCCGCUCAAAAUAUCGAUCUCGUCGUUGGU